AAAGAAAAGAAAAAAAUCACAUAAAUAUAAAUACCUCAAAAUGUCUUCCCUCCAUCCAUCCCUUCCCUCUCCGUCGUUCGCUUUGGCCGACGAUAAACCAGAAAAAGAAUCCCCAAUACUGCCUGCCAUUUAGCCUCCAUACAGUUCAGUGCUGCUCAAACCCUAGAACCUCAACUUGGAGACACUCCACUACAUGUCUUCUUUACAAAUCUAAAUUUCAGUCGAGGGUCACCGAAAUUGCCCCAUGGGUCGGCCGGAGCCUUGCGUUUUGUUCGCUCAGACAUUCGUCCAUCCCCAUCUCGAUGAAUAUGUCGACGAGGUGUUAUUUGCUGAACCAGUUGUCAUUACUGCUUGUGAGUUUCUAGAACAGAACGCUUCUUCAACAUCUCAAUCAGUAGCACUUGUUGGGGCUACAUUGCCUCCUUCUUUUGCUUUAGAGGUAUUUGUUCAGUGUGAGGGAGAGACAAGGUUCAGGCGUCUUUGUCAGCCUUUCCUGUAUUCUCAUUCAUCGUCAAAUGUGCUUGAAGUAGAGGCUGUCGUCACCAAUCAUCUUGUUGUCAGGGGUAGUUAUCGUAGUUUGAGUUUGGUCAUAUAUGGAAACACAGCAGAGGAUUUGGGGCAGUUUAACAUUGAAUUUGGUGAUAGCUCGAUAACUAAUCUUGUUAGGUCUGCUGAUGGAACACUUGAAGACCUUCCGUUGGCAUUGCGUUCAACUAAUAUAACAAUUGAAGAACCUAUUUCAGCUUUGAAGGCUUUAUCACUACCUCUUCCUGCAUCAGAUAUGUCCAUUGAAGCUAAGCAACUUCUACAGAUGUUGGUUAAGAUUUGGGAGUUGCCGAAUUUAGGGAAUGGCGUAAGUAAAGUUGUUAGCAUUUUAGUCUCAGUAGCAUCGUCCUAUGCUGAUGUUUUGGAUAAACCCAACAGCUAUGAAGAGCUGCAGAAUGUUACUAGUGAAGCCUUAAAGGGUCUUUUUGAUCUCUAUCAAUGUGAAACAGAGAAUGCAUCAGCCAAAUUGUUAGAAGAUGGCUCCUUCUUUGGAUCUGAGGCUGACUUAACUGGUAAGCAGUUGGUGGAUAUGUUGAAACAUUACUUCUCUUUUAAGAGGGAGUCCUUGCAUGUUGGGCAACACCAGAUCACACAUAGUACAUAUGUCAUUAUGGGAUUGAGUGUGGCUCUUCUAUUGUGCUCUGGUAGAGAUAGCUGCUUUAACUUUGUUAGUGGUGGGGGAAUGGAUGAGCUUGCUCAUGUUUUCUGCUAUGACAGACAGAAAUCUACUGCGACAACAUUACUGUUACUUAAAGUUGUUGAGCAGGCUACUCGAUUCUCUUUUGGUUGUGAAGGAUUUUUAGGCUGGUGGCCUCGUGAAGAAGGAAACAUUCCAAAUGGUAUCAGUGAAGGUUAUAGUAAAUUGUUGAAUCUUUUAUUGCAAAAACCACGACAUGCUGUCGCUUCUCUUGCAACUCAUGUUCUCCAUCGCUUAAGAUUCUAUGAAGUUGUUUCUAGAUAUGAGUUUGCAGUUCUAUCUGUUCUGGAAGAAGUUUCCACUAUAGAGAGGAUUACAAGUGCUAAUGUGGACAUGCUUAUCACUGCAAAAUUGCAACUUAAAAAACUCUUGAAAUUGAUUACUUCAUGUAGCUCAAUCGAAGACCCUUCUCCGGUAGCCUGUGCAACCAGAUCACUGAAUAUUGGGCAAACAGAAGGUUUGCUGUCAUAUAAGGCAUCCAGUAGCUUGAUUGGAUCAUCGGAUUAUUUCUCAAAUUGGGAUGUCAAUUUGCAUCUUUUGGCACUUCUUAAGGACAUGGGCUUUCUACCUCUAUCAAUUGCAUUGUUAUCAUCAUCUACUUUACCUUCAGAAGUGGGACAUGCUAUGGAUGUAUACGUGGAUAUUGCAUCCUCUAUUGAAGCCAUAAUUAUUUCGCUUCUCUUUAGUCGUUCAGGUCUCAUUUUCUUGCUACAACAACCUGAUCAUUGUGUGACACUAAUAGAUGCUCUAAAGGGAGCUAGGGGUGUGAAUAAGGAUGUCUGUCUUCCUCUGCGUUAUGCAUCUGUUUUAAUAGCAAAUGGAUUCUUGUGUGAUUCUCAAGAAGUUGGGAUGAUUAUUGGGAUGCACUUGAGGGUGGUUAAUGCAAUAGAUCGUUUGCUGAAAUCAUCCCCAAACUCGGAAGAGUUUUUAUGGGUCCUGUGGGAGCUAUGUGGUUUUGCAAGGUCUGAUUGUGGACGACAUGCUUUGUUGGCUUUGGGAUACUUUCCAGAGGCUAUGAAAAUUUUGAUUGAAGCGCUGCAUUCUGCAAAGGAACCAGAUCCAGUUGCCAAAAUUAGUGGAGCUUUGCCUCUAAAUCUUGCCAUAUUUCACUCGGCGGCUGAGAUUUUUGAAGUAAUUGUUACUGAUUCAACUGCAUCUUCUCUUGGUUCUUGGAUUGGACUUGCUGUAGAACUCCAUAGAGCAUUGCAUUCCUCGUCUCCAGGAUCCAAUCGAAAAGAUGCUCCUACGAGGCUGUUGGAAUGGAUAGAUGCUGGUGUAAUCUAUCAUAAAAAUGGGGGUAUUGGGAUUUUGCGGUAUGCUGCUGUCUUAGCUUCUGGAGGAGAUGCCAACUUAAGUUCAACAACCACAGUAGUGUCAGAUCUAACAGAUGUAGAAAACAUUAUUGGAGAUUCCUCUAGUGGUUCUGAUGUUAAUGUUAUGGAGAAUCUUGGAAAAAUUGUCUCUGAGAAGACUUUUGAUGGAGUGAUCCUUCGUGACUCAUCUAUAGCACAGUUAACAACAGCUAUAAGAAUUUUAGCUUUCAUUUCAGAGAACUCAUCUGUUGCUGCUGCUCUGUAUGAUGAAGGUGCCAUAACAGUCAUAUUCACACUUCUGGUGAACUGUAGGUUCAUGCUUGAAAGGUCAUCAAACAGUUAUGAUUACCUUGUUGAUGAUGGCACAGAAUGCAAUUCUACGUCAGAUUUACUACUAGAACGUUAUCGUGAACAGAGUUUAAUUGAUCUUUUGGUUCCUUCCCUUGUGUUGUUGAUCAACCUCUUGCAGAAACUACAGGAAGCUGAGGAGCAGCAUAGAAAUACCAAAUUAAUGAAUGCGCUUCUUCGACUGCAUCGAGAAGUUAGUCCAAAAUUAGCAGCAUGUGCAGCGGACUUAUCCUCAUCUUAUCCUGAUUCUGCGCUUGGUUUUGGAGCUAUUUGUCAUCUUGUUGCAUCUGCACUUGCUUGUUGGCCAGUAUAUGGUUGGACUCCUGGUCUCUUCCAUUCCCUCCUUGCUAGUGUUCAAUCUACUUCAGUGCUGGCUUUGGGUCCUAAGGAAACCUGCAGUUUGCUCUGUCUUUUGAAUGAUUUAUUUCCCGAAGGAGGUUUCUGGCUUUGGAGAAAUGGAUUGCCCUUGUUGAGUGCCCUUAGAAAGUUGUCUGUUGGUACAUUAUUGGGGCCCAGGAAGGAAAAGCAGGUCAAUUGGUAUCUUCAGCCUGUGCAUCUGGAGAAGUUGCUUGCUCAAUUGAUGCCACAGCUUGACAAAAUUGCCCAUAUUAUCCAGCAUUAUGCUAUUUCUGAAUUGGUAGUGAUUCAGGACAUGCUACGCGUUUUUAUAGUACGCAUUGGAUGCCUAAAGGUUGAAACUUGCUCUGUCCUUCUUCAACCUAUCCUCUCCUGGAUAAGCGAGCAUGUCUCUGAUGUGUCAUCUCUAUCUGAAAUGGACAGUUUCAAGGUUUACAGAUAUCUUGAUUUUCUUGCCAACCUAUUGGAACAUCCACAUGCCCAGGCAUUUUUGUUAAAGGAGGGUUUCAUUCAGAUGCUUACUAGAGUGCUGGGAAGGUGUUUAACUGUUAUUGAUUCAGAUGGAAAACAAGUUUUAGACACUACGAGUUCAACUAAAUGUGGGGUUGCUAUUCUUAGCUGGUGUGUUCCUGUAUUCAAGUCCUUCUCAUUAUUAUGUAGUUCUCGAACAUCUGUUCACCGUGCUGGAAAACAUGAUUUGCACGGCUUUGAAAUCAGUGCUGAGGACUGUGCUGUGAUCUUAUCGUAUCUCCUCAAAUUCUGUCAGGUUCUACCAGUUGGAAAAGAGUUGUUGGCGUGUCUUACUGUUUUUAAAGAACUGGGUUCUGACAAUGUAGGCCAAAAUACUUUAGUUGUUAUUUUCAACCGUGUUCUAUCCCGAACUGAGGAAAUUGGAUCACAUAGAGCACAGGAAAGGGAUGACAAUGGAGAUUAUGGCAAUGUUGAUGAAUUUGAAUGGAGAAAACAGCCCCCUUUGCUAUGCUGCUGGAAGAAGUUGUUACAAUCUAUAGAUAGUAAAGACGGGUUUUCAGAUUAUGCCAUUGAGUCUAUUAAUGCGUUGUGUUUGGGUUCUUCAUCCUUUUGUAUGGAUGGGGAGAGUUUGAAGGACCAGGUGGUUGCUGUGAAGUUUCUUUUUGGCAUUCAGGAUACAAAAGAAGGAGCAGAUGGUGCUCCUGAAGAACAGAUAAAUUACAUACACAAAUUAGUAUCUCUGUUGAGUUCAAAGAUUGAAGAUGAUGAAUAUUUGACCAACUACGAUAUUCAAACUGCUUUUUAUCAGGUUUUAGAUUCUGCAAAAUUGUUGCUGUCAAUACUGCAAAACCCUGCUGGUUCAGUAACAGCAAAUGACAUAAUUUCCAGUGGUCGGGUUUCAUCAGAUCUGUUUUCUUCAAAAGCCCAUCUGAUGUCAGAUGGUGAAGCUGAAAGGUCUGAAGAUUAUCUUUUCCAAGGACUCGGAGACAAGUUUCUGUGGGAAUGUCCAGAAACAUUACCUGAUAGAUUUCCUCAGACAACACUUUCUGCCAAACGAAAAAUGCCUUCUGUAGAAGGAUCAAAUAGGCGUGCUAGAGGAGAAAAUUCUCCAGCUGAGAAUGCAGCUCAAAAUGCAUUUGCACGAGGACUUGGGCCAUCUACUACCUCUUCAGCUCCUACUCGGAGGGAUACUUUUAGGCAGCGCAAACCGAAUACUAGCAGGCCUCCGUCCAUGCACGUGGAUGACUAUGUUGCAAGGGAAAGAAAUGUUGAUGGGGUUACAAAUUCUAACGUGAUUGCUGUUCAGCGAGUAGGAGCAACUGGUGGAAGGCCUCCUUCAAUUCAUGUGGAUGAAUUUAUGGCUAGACAGAGGGAGCGCCAGAAUCCCAUGUCUGCAGUAGUCGGAGUGGAUACAACACAGGUCAAGAAUGCAACUUCCAUGGGUGAAAUAGCUUCAGAGAAGUCCAGCAAACCUAAGCAAUUGAAGACAGAUCUGGAUGAUGAUCUUCAUGGGAUUGAUAUAGUUUUUGAUGGCGAGGAGUCCGAAACUGAUGACAAAUUACCCUUUCCUCAGCCAGAUGAUAAUCUGCAGCAGCCCUCCCCUCUUAUUGUCGAGCAAAAUUCUCCCCACUCUAUUGUUGAAGAGACAGACAGUGAUGUUCAUGAGAGUAGCCAAUUUUCUCGUUUGGGCACACCUUUAGCAGCUAACAUUGAUGAAAAUACACAGAGUGAAUUUUCUUCAAGGAUGUCGAUUUCGCGUCCUGAAAAGUCAUUAACUAGAGAACAGAGUGUUACUUCGGAUAAGAAGUAUAUGGAGCAGUCUGAUGACAUGAAAAAUGCAAUUACAGUCAAGAAUUCUGGUGGGUUUGAUUCUGUGGUAGCAUCAAACAAUCCUGGGUUUCCUGGUUCUAUUUAUAGUCAUGCAUCACCAUCAUUGGCACCAUUACCAGUGGAUACUAGGUUGACUCCACAAAAUUUACAUCAAAAGAACAUUCAAUUUCCCUCUAUGAAUGUACCUGUACCUACAGGGUCUCAAGGGCAUUAUGACCAGAGGUAUCUGCUAAGUCAACCUCCCUUGCCUCCAAUGCCACCGCCUCCAACAGUUGCACCUGUGAUAUCUCAGAGUUCUGAUCUAGUUUCAAGCCAACCAUCCUCAUUUAUGAAUUCUUUGACUGAUGUCCAGAAUCCAUCUCUAUCAUCUUUCCAAGUUCAUUCAGAGUACAUGUUUAACAACAGUUCUGCAUCAUUAGGGAUAGAUGCCAAGUUCUCGAGGAAUUCCAUCUCUUCUCCCGGUGGAUCUGUUAGGCCACCACCACCACUUCCUCCUACUCCACCUCCUUUCUCAUCUGGUCCAUAUAAUAUAACUUCUAAUAAAAAUUCUUCCUCCCAACCUUUAGCACACAACCAGAUGGAGAUGACAUCUUCAACUGCUUCAGGGACGAGAGCAAAUGCCUAUGCACCUGCUCCCCAUUUGUCACACUUGGGUUUCAGUAGGCCAGGGUCAAUGCCUGCAAAUCUCUAUGGAAACUUCCCAACUCAGCAGGUUGAUAAUCCACCAAAUGUCUUGCAGAAUCUCUCCAUUACUCAGUCUUCCAUUCAGUCAAUUCAUUCCCUUUCUCAGUUGCAGCCACUUCAGCCACCUCAGCUCCAACGUCCUCCGCAGCCUCCCCACCACCUUAGGCCACCUAUGCAAGCUUCACAGCAGUUGGACCAAGGCGUGUCUUUGCAAAGUCCUGGUCACAUGCAAAUGCAUUCCUUACAGAUGCUACAGCAACCACAACAGGCUUCUCAUAUGAAUACAUUUUAUCAGCAGCAGCAGCAACAAGACUUUUCUCAUGUGCAGCUGCAGCAUCAAGUUGAACAUGCUCAUCCACAAAUGAUAAACCCACUUAUGGAUACUGCUUCACAGCAGCAACAAGAUCCAGCAAUGUCAUUACAGGAGUUUUUCAAAUCACCCGAAGCUAUUCAGUCUUUAUUGAGUGACAGAGACAAACUCUGCCAGCUUUUGGAGCAGCACCCCAAGUUAAUGCAGAUGCUUCAGGAGAAAUUGGGGCAACUAUAGGGAGAUGAUGUAGAAGUAAAGACUAAAGAAUGCUCCUGGCGUGUUCCCAUUCGUGUAUACUUGGAGAUCAAUAAUAGCUCAUCCUGUAUAAAUUAAAAUUAUAUUUUCAGUAGUAGGCUUAUCUUUCAUCCAAUUGAGUUUUGUUCUUGAGAAAUUUUGUACGUUUUAUGCUCUGUAUAAACAUUGUUUAUUGUAUAAUUCUUCUUCGUCCAGUGACUAGAGUUAAACUGGAUUCUGGUCAUCUUGCAAAUGCAAGUUAUGCCCUUCAUAUUUUAAUUUUACCAGUUUUAUAUUGUUUGUA